UGCUGAUUUGACUAAUACCUCCGGUCAGAAUGUGCAUCAACGACCUGUAUUUGCUUUAUCAUGGACUUUUAUUACCAAAGAUUGCACACAAAGACGACAGUUUGAAAUAUUUCGAGUCGUUUCAAGUGCAGGACGAUGACGUGAUUGUAAUUACUUAUCCCAAAUCUGGUACAACAUGGAUGCAGGAAAUUCUUCCCCUGCUUCUGAAUGGAGGGGAUUUUACACCAGUACUGACCAUCCCCAACUGGGACAGAGUGCCUUGGCUUGAGGAGACACGUGCUGCUAUAAUUGCAGAAAAGCUGAGUGCUCCACGGGCCUUCGUUUCUCACAUGCCUUAUCAUCUGAUGCCUUCCUCUUUCUUCUCUUCUAAGGCUAAGGUCAUUUAUGUUUCUAGAAACCCAAAAGAUGUCCUGGUUUCCUCUUUUCAUUUCCAUCAAAUGGCCAGCUUUCUGCAUGACCCAGGAACCUUGGAAGAAUUUGCAGACCAAUUCCUAGCAGGGAACAUCAUGUUUGGAAAGUGGACAGAUCAUGUGAAGAGCUGGAGAAACACGGAUCUGGGUGACAGAAUUUUUUACGUCACUUACGAGGAGAUGAUUCAGGAUCUGCAUGGUGUUCUCGAACGCAUGUUAUUCUUUCUUGGUAAGUGCCUGAGCAAAGACGUUCUGAAGUGUGUGACUGAACACUGUGAGUUUAGAACUAUGAAGCAAAACAAAAUGUCCAACUACUCGCUGGUGCCAGAGGUGGUAAUGGACACCAAGAAGUCUACUUUUCUCAGAAAAGGAAUUGUUGGAGAUUGGAAGAAUUAUUUCAGCCCAGAGUUGGAGUCGAAGUUCAACACAGCAAUUUGUGAAGAAUUAAAGGGAACUGACAUCAAAUUCGCCAUAUAAUUGUCAUAAUGCUAUUAUACCAAAGUUUGUGCUUAUAAUUUCAAUUAUAAUUUAUGAUUUUUAUUUUAUGUUCUUUAAACAAAAACAGUGCUUAUACAAAUAUGUCCUGUCUCUCAACCCCACAGUACAAGCAAGAGAAUUAAAAACAUCCAGUUAACUAAUAUAUAAAUCACCCUCACAACGCCACUUGACAAAACCCGUCAUGUUUUCUAACAAAUCAUCUGAAUAUGUGGGGACAAAAGUUGCUGUGAACCAGGCUGAUGAAAAGUAAGAGGGAGCAGAGGGCCACCAGUUAACGCUUAUUUUACACGUUCAUUCUGCUAUACACAGAUUUAAAACUUACAAGCUGUUAAACCGAACAGUACCUAUUCCAGUAAGCAGGUGGCACUGUUGCUAGAAUACAGCCAUUCACUGGAAGAGUGAGAUACUAAUGCAACUGUUGGUGAGUCAUAAACAUCCUUUCCUACCUUAUCAACACCCCUGGUUUUUGGGCCAGUGAGACGAUGUCAUUAAUCUGUUGUAUUUUUCUAUUUUAUCUGUCUCAAUAUUAAAAAUAAAAUAUACAGAAUAACCCGA